GACAAGGGCUUGAGACACUCAGAGAGAAACACAAGAAAAAACACAGGCAAGAUCACCAACACAGAGGCUUAGAUAUCAAAGUGGCCCUUACACUGCUGGGCAUGUUGAGGGGAUAACAGCUUUGGGGCACGCAAAGGGGGCUUGCAGCUUUUUGUUACUGGGAACUAUAAAGAAAAGGUAUUCCAAGCAGGAGAAGAGCUCCAGUGUAUUUGAAGAUCUGAUUAAAGAUUCGAUUUUCACCUUGCCAGCGUCUCGCCAUCCCUUCAUAAUGGCUGAUGCAAUGGUGGACCAGAUGACGAGGUUAAAACUCAAGCUUUUAGAAAAGAGACUGGAGAACGAGCGAGAUAACAUGGAUGAGCGAUCAGAAACAGCAGUCUCCACGGCCAGGAGCUAUGAUGGGCAGCAGGAUGCAUUGCACAAUGCUCUGAGAAGAAAGAAGGAUCUGCUCCAGAAACUGAGGGAGCAGCACAUGCUGGAGGAGAUGAGCCGGCCUCAAUCUUGGGGAGGGACUCGGAAGAAGUACCACAGGCUGGAUUCAGCCCCUGCACACCAGCCAAUACAUAUCUACCAGCCUCCACAACCACCCCUGCCCCCACCACAGCCCCAGCCUCCCCGAAUCAUCCAGGAAAUGAUGCCACAGCAGCCAGCGACAAUCAUCCAGCAGUUACCGCAGCAACAGCCACUGAUAACACAGAUCCCGCCUCCACAGCCCUAUCCUCCAAUCAAAUCUGGCAGCAUCAAAGAAGACAUGGUGGAGUUGAUGCUGAUGCAAAAUGCCCAGAUGCACCAAAUCAUUAUGCACAACAUGAUGCUGAAAGCCAUUCCUCCAAUGGCCCUCUCCCCACCUGGUACUGGGAACCCCCCUCCUCCUCCUGCUCAACACAGCCAGGACCAUCACUUUGGAGGCCCCAUCAUAGUGAAGUCCGAUAAGCCCCGGGGAUCCUCGGUACAUCACCAUCAUCACUACAGCCCACCCGGGCUCCAGGGCCCGCCCCCUCCCACACAGCUUCCACCCAUUGGCUACCCUAUGUGGCCACCGAUGAUGUCACAGAAUCCUAUGGGACAGGCAAGUGGCUACCAGCCUGCAGUACAUCACAUGACCGGCCCCACAACACUUCCUGGACUGCAUGCGACUGAAAUGGAUGGAUGGCACUCCAGAGUUCCUCCGGGUUUGUGAGAUUGCACAGGUAAAUCUAAAUCACAGCUUGAAACAGAAGACACAUCAAAUGGAGUCAGACAUUUUCCUGUGCAACCCACUAAAGACAACCUCAAUAUUCAGCACACUAUCCACUGAAGACUCCCCUGUCUUACUCAUUGGUCUAAAGAUGUACAACACAGCUGCUUUACAGAGCUUUAUACUGUAAACGAGUUGCUGUUACUGAAACUAUGUAACCGUUUUGAAGCCUGAAAAUGAUGGAACACUUGAAACAAAGUGAGGAAUUGAAGUAUUUGACUGAAAAAGAACUGUAGCUAAGGACAACACAAACAGCACUAGUUUUAGAGAACCGUGAUCUAGUUUUAAAGUAAACUGCUGCCUGGAAAUGUACAAUAUAUGAGAACUGAAAAAAAAUGGUUUUAAAUAAGCAUGAGAGUAUUUUGCAUCCCUGGCAUUUGUAUUGUGUGUUCGCCUCUGGCCCAAAUAAAAGAACCUGGUACUAACCUUAGAUAAACUUGUUCUAUAAAUUAUUCUUCCAUUUCUGUAACUGAGUAGGUGUUAAAUGUAUAUUUGUAUUUAUUUAGGUGGUUUGCUGCAUUUGUUACAUCUUUUCCCACAACCUCCAACAUACAUAAAAUCACAAAAGUUAGCAUGGGUACAUUUAUACACCUUUUUAAAUUUUUCUGCUGACAUCUGUAUGAGUUUUGUGUGUGUGUUUGUCAUAGAAUGGGCUUGUUCAAUAAUCCAUGAAUAAACAGAUUGGGGCAUUUCCCCACACAGGCAUUAAUGGACAUUGCACAUUCAAUGAAAUGCUCUUUUGUGUUAAAGAAGCAUGGGACCCCCAAUUAAUUUACAAUAGUUUUAAAUUAAAUAACUUAAAAAAAAAAUUGUUGCAAACUACCUUAAAGAAAACAAAACAAGAAUAGUGUAAGAAAGAACAGAAAGAUGAAAUUUAAGCACACUGUAUCUGCUUUAUCUUUUUAAAUACCUCAAUACAGUACAACAUACAGAGCUGCAACGUGUGCCAAUGCAUGUCAAUGCUUUGUGAAUAUAACCCAGUCAUGGUUAACUGUUGAUUUGUACAAUGUUUUAUGUUUGUAAAUGACUUUCAUUUUUGUUAAUGAUCUUAC